AUGAGACCUAUAGGCCCUUGUAACGUACCAGUCAGUGAAAAUGAUAUCGCUAGUUUGCCUGCUCUAGUCUUAGGAGGUGCUGUAUUGAACACUCAGUACAAUGACGACCCUACUCAAGUACCUAUUGAUGAAAUGUUGAGGUAUGCAUUCUCUCAUGGUAUAACUGCUAUCGAUACUUCACCUUACUAUGGCCCCAGUGAAUUGAUCUACGGAAAUGCAUUGGAUGCCUUGAAGCAAGAGUUCCCUCGUGAGACUUACUUCAUCUGUACCAAGGUGGGUCGUGUUCGGUUGGAUGAGUUUGAUUACUCUAAAGAGCAUGUCAGGUUCAGCGUUCUCAGAUCGUGUCAAAGACUGAGAACAUCGUAUUUGGACCUGGUAUAUCUACAUGACAUUGAGUUUGUACCUCUUCAAAACACUUUAGAAGCUUUGAGAGAGUUAAGAGCGUUGAAAGCCGAAGGUAUCAUCAAGAACUUUGGGCUUUCAGGCUACCCAGUAGACUAUUUGAAGUAUGUGACUAAAAAAUGCGUUCUUGAGCCAGAAAUCGGUCCUUUGGAUGCUGUACUAUCGUACUGUAACCUGAAUCUGCAAAACACCCUUUUGGAAGACCACUACGAUAGUUGGAAGUCGGAUUCGCAGCUCAAAGUUAUCAAUAACGGGUCCAUCCUGAGUAUGUCGCUACUGAGAGCACAGGAGACCAAGACUUUUCACCCAUGUUCUCAGGAAUUACGUCAGUUGGCAUCAAAAGCUGCGGAAUACACCAGGGACAAUAGCGUUGACUUAGCAGACCUGGCAACAAGGUACGCAAUUGCCAAAUGGUUGGACAAAGGAAGCACUGUACUAGGUGUAAGUACUUUACAAGAACUGCAAGAAGCACUGAAGAACUAUUGGCUGGUGCAAGACAACGGCGGCUGCCUAGAUGCCAACGAUACAAAACUUGUUAAACACAUUCAAGGUGCCAUCUUCGGCGACCACAUGAACGAGACUUGGAACUCGGGAAUCCGACAUGACGAUAUGUAA